AUGGCUGCCGACCUGUCGUCGAGAGAGACUCGACACGAUCGUCGCGGCUCUCGCGGCCUCGACAAUUCGGUCGCCUCUGUCUUCGACCCUGCACUGGACCAUACUAUCAGGCAAUUAUUUGAACAACAGGCCGACAUCCAAGCAAAACUUGCUGCUUUACUACCCGCCAAAUAUGUCCCGAAUUCACAUCUCGAGCGUAACAUGCUACGCCUCAAGCUGAUGGCACUUGAGAUAUACGCACAGAAUCAAAACCUCUCAACGACAGCCCCAAUCCUGUCCGAGGUUGAAGAAGCCCGCACGCUACAAUACAAAUGUGAAUGCAUAGAGAGUUUGUUGAUAGACCGAGGCGUGGAUAUACAUGACCCAAAGUUGCUAGAAACCCUCAAGUCAUAUGUCAAGGACGAUGCACCAUUGGGGUUUGGCGCAUGGAUCGAUAAAAACAUUUCCCACCAUGAUCCAGUGUUUCGCAGCUGGAGGAUGAGAGAAUCGCUGCCGCUCAUAUCACGAAACCAAGCGUCGUAUAAAUGUUGGGAUGACCGCUGCGUCAACUAUAUAUACGGGUUUUCCAGCCCAGAUGACCGGGAUCGGCACCUCAGAGAGCACCGGUCUCCCGUCCGGGGAGAUUCGGGCAUCUCUGUUGGCAGCGUUGUUCCCAUGGCCUUUCAAGACCCGGUGCCGGUGCGAUCUUUUGUUUCGGACCAGCUUCAUAAGAGUCCGCCAGUGGCUCUACCGCGUCUCACGGUCCCGGCGACCUUGCCACCUUUGGCCGCCGUCAACCAGCCGCGAGAUCGGCGCGAAUCGCUCGCAGGAUUUGGGCUUGUGCAUGAGCUACCGAUACAACAGAGAGGCUCCGUGGACUCGGAAGUCGACCCGCUUCUGCCACCCCUCAAGAGAAGUCGCGUUGGUUAUGGGCGGCUGGAGUCAAUUGGCGAGCUGAGACUUCCCCGUGAGUCAGGGCCAUGCUUGCGCUGCAAAGUUCAAGCAAAGCCGUGCGACUCCCAGGACAACUGUCACUUUUGUCUCGAACCUCCCAUGUCUCCGAAUGAAGACUUUUGGCAUGUUCUGGGAUGCCAAAGAACGUCCUUGGCGGCCUUGGCUGAUCAUAUGCUGCCAGAACUUUUGUCCCCCAGGCAAGUACAAACCCCAAUUACUUCGCCCAUGGCUCGAAGGCGCACCAUGAAUGACUAUCUGGAACGAACUUAUAUCAUCGGUCCUGCCAUGGCCCAAGUAGCCAAGACCCAUUUGGAUUUUAACGAUGGUUUCUGGUGGACUGAGGACUUGGCUACGUUGCCAACAGCGAACCCCACGGCUGCGGCAUUUGCAAAGGACCCAAUCGAUGGCUCCCCUCCAGUACUCAAGGUUCUAGCAGCAAGUUGGAAUGUCGAGGGCGUUGCCUUCCAAUUUUGGAACAUAUUCAAGUUGAGUGGAUAUCUGUCAAGAAACCGCGAAGCCGAGAGGCAGGAUUUUCCAGUACUGUACCGGGCGAAAUUGCUUCUGAGAGAGAUUCUCUUCUACGACCUACAGCAACCUGAGCCAUCCAUUAGGACAGACGUAAACGUCUCGAAUGCCCAGCUUCUGCCCGACGAUAUGGACUAUGACAGCCGAAAUAGGCUAUUGUAUAAUUGCAUGACACAGUUUCUCCAGUCAUUCGAGAGCAGUACGUUACGCCGAGUGCCAUCGGAUCCGAAAAGUUGGUUAGCUACAUUCUUCUCGCUGUGUAUUUUCAGUAUCAUCCGGACCAUUUUGGCAGAUCUGGUCUCAACGUCAAGCCGCAACGACGCAGCAUCUUCUCUGACCGGACAGCCUUUCUCCAACGGCGCCCUGGCUAUGCAUAGCGUGUAUAAAGUUCUCGUCAGCGUGUUCGCUUGGUCGUCGCCCAUGAUGCUCGAUGAGCUGCCGCAGGAUAUAGAUGGGAGUGAUCAUUCACUGCUCAUAAGCACCAACGACACACUUCGGAGAGAGCUCUGGGGAACAUGGGGUAUCAAUUCGACCAGAGAUUUCCUGCUGAGCCUGGGUAGUGGCUACCUGGCUGAUAACUCAGGAUUCAAUGGUUUUUUCAGACAACGAACACCUGUCUACCGGACGGUCUCUUAUCAGCCUGUAAUUGUUCCGGGUCAGACUGCAGAGGCACUGAUGAAACCGACGCCAGAGUGGCAAUCGAUCGAGGCCUGGGGUCCCAGAAAUGAGAUUGAAUUGGCGCCGACUGUCUUUGGGGUUGAAUCAGCCAGGAGGCACACAGUGGGAGAAAGCCCGGCGUUCACUCGUGCUAUAUCUAGGGGUCUGGCUUCUCCCACAAAACUGAGGACGUCUUACCAACGGCCACCGUUGCGUCGUGUGUUUUGCAAUAAGUGUAAUGAGUAUCCGGAAGGCUUCCGCGGCGAACAUGAGCUACGAAGGCACAAUGACGCCAAGCAUGCUGCGCUGGUCAAGAGAUGGGUUUGUACGGAACCGCAGAAUCACAGCGCCGGUGCGCUACAACCAGCAGUGCCUCUGGUCAAGUGUAAAGCUUGUGUCACACAGAAGCGCUACGGUGCCUACUACAAUGCAGCUGCACAUUUGCGCCGCGCUCACUUUAAUCCACAUCGCGGUGGCAAGGCCAGCGGAGACUGGCCGCCAAUGACCAUUCUGAAAGACUGGAUGCGGGAAGUACGACAGUCUGUUGACGUGAACGAGAACAAUGACGACUCUAGCGGGGACGAAGACAACGACAUCAGGAUGAUUGAAGAGUAUGCCAUGCCGAGGCAACCGUCCUUUUCCGAAGCGCCGCGCCUGGCACCAGCACCGUUGCCGCAGGGUCCAGGACAACUGAUAGCUCCGUCAAUAGGGUCUUCGAUAGCCCCUUCGUCCUUGGAGAGCACCAUGCACAGCAGUCCGAUUACUCCCAAAAUCGAAGAUAACCGGAACCGAUGUCCCCAUCCGGACUGCGGGAGAGUCUUCAAGGAUCUCGCCGCGCAUAUGCUAACACAUCAGGAGGAGCGCCCUGAGAAAUGCCCUAUUGAGACGUGCGAAUACCAUAUCAAGGGCUUUGCGCGCAAGUACGACAAGAAUCGGCACGCCCUCACGCACUACAAGGGGACCAUGGUCUGCCCCUUUUGUCCGGGGCCUGGCACAGCCUACGAAAAGGCCUUCAACCGCGCCGAUGUGUUCAAGCGACAUUUGACUGCUGUCCACAAUGUUGAGCAGACGCCGCCAAACAGCCGCAAAAUGAUCAUGACGGGCGGCGGGUCCUCGCGAGCCGGCGAUGCCCGCUGUUCCAUCUGUCAGGCCCGAUUCUCGACGGCACAGGAAUUCUACGAGCAUCUUGACGACUGUGUGCUCAACGUCAUUGUCGUACCGACCACCCCCAAGCCGUCGCGAGAAUCGGCCUCCGUCUCACCACACAAGACGGAAUCAAAGGAUACCAGUCCGCCGCCCACCACGAGCGAAGAGCAGUCGGAAAUCAUUGUCAAGACCACUGCGGAAUACAACGCCGACGAGGUCAAGGACAUUGCCGCUUCUGCCUCGGAGCUGGCUGAACGAGGAGGCAACGAGGAUAAAAUGGAGUUGGAUUCGGAUCAAGGGGCGGAGUAA